AGUCCGUUUGUUUACGUCGGGCGCCUAGGCGGCUGAGAGAAUGCCCCCGGCUAUUGUGUGUCUGUGAUACCCCGGGAAGGGGACCGGCAGGUGUAGGAUCCCCGGUGGGCAGCAGCGUCCAGAUUCUGGGGGAGAGGAAGGCGUUCUCUCUGUGCUGAGGUUUUCUCAUCCGUCGUGUGGGAGAGGGUUGAAGGCCCUAAUUUGGGAUUCAUUCAGGAUGCUGAAUUCUUUGCUUCUAUGUAUAUUUCUGUUCAUGGUACCUGGAUAUGCUUAUGAUGAUGAGUGGGUUGACCCUACAGAUAUGCUUAAUUAUGAUGCUGCUUCUGGAACAAUGAGAAAAGCUCCUCAGGUGAACUAUGGAAAACCAGAAAAGAAGGAAAUAAGUCUUACAGAUUCCAACUUGUCGUGUGCUGAAGAAAUGUCAGAAUGUUAUAAAAGACUUGAUUCUUUAACUUACAAGAUUGAUGAGUGUGAAAAGAAAAAGAGAAAAGAUUAUGAAAGCCAGAGUAAUCAUGUUUUUAGGAGAUACUUAAAUAAAAUUUUAAUUGAAGCUGGAAAACUUGGACUUCCCACUGAGGAUGGAGGUGUUAUGCAUUAUGAUGCUGAGAUUAUCCUUAAAAAAGAGACAUUAUUAGAAAUCCAGAAGUUUCUCAGUGGAGAAGACUGGAAAUCAGGAGCCUUAGAUGAUGCACUAAGUGAUAUCUUAAUUAAUUUUAAAUUUCAUAAUUUUGAGACCUGGAAAUGGAAUUUUGAGACAACCUUUGGUGUGGAUCCAUAUAAUGUAUUUAUGGUACUCCUGUGUUUGUUGUGCAUUGUUAUGUUAAUAGCUACGGAAUUAUGGACAUAUAUUCGUUGGUAUACUCAAUUAAAACGUGUUUUAUUCAUCAGUUUCCUUGUUAGUUUUGGAUGGAAUUGGAUCUAUUUAUAUAAGUUAGCCUUUGCAAAACAUCAAGCUGAAGUUGCCAAAUUGGAACCAUUAAACAAUGUUUGUGCUGAGAAGAUAGACUGGGUUGGAGGUGUAUUUGAAUGGCUUAGAAGUUCAUGGACAUUUCGGGAUGACCCUUGCCAAAAGUACUAUGAGCUACUAUUAGUUAACCCCAUUUGGUUGGUUCCACCAACAAAGGCAUUGGCGGUUACUUUUACCAAUUUUGUAACAGAGCCAUUGAAGUAUAUUGGACAAGGAACUGGUGAAUUUAUGAGAGCCCUUAUGAAGGAAAUACCAGUAUUACUUCACAUUCCAGUGUUGAUCAUCUUGGCUCUGGGUGUAUUGGGUUUCUGCUAUGGCGCAGGAAAAUCAUUUGGUGUAUGGCGACAUUUAAGAGACUCAGAGAGAGAACCGUACCCAGCACUGCACCAAGGGAAAGGAAGACCACAGGGGGAAAUUGAUUAUAGGCGCCGUGAUGGAUCAGGUGAUACAGGUCUCUGUUGUCGGAGCCAUAUUUGUCAGAGUGAUCCAGGCCCUAAUUCCAAAGCAGAUGAGUGUAGAGGAGAUUUUUUGAGAGAGAGAGAUGCUGACUUGAGAUUUCAGACUGGCAACAGGAGUCCUGAAGUCCUACGGGCAUUUGAUAUACCAGAUGCAAAAGCAGAAGAGCAUCCCAAGCUGGUCCCCUAUCAGAAAUCACCCAUUUUGGAUAAAAAUCCAGAAGAGACUUAUGUAAUCUCAGAAAACAUCAAAGUGAAAGAAAGUAACAGUGAAACAAGCCAUUCAAUAGAGUCAUCCUCUGAGCAGAUCCCUGAGAAUAAGGACAGUGAGCUACUUCCAGUGGAGGAGAUCCCGCUGAGAGUUGAAGCCGGAAGCAGCGUUUCACAAGCUGGGGCCCACAGCUCAUCCACCAUCUUAGCUAGAAGACCGGAAAAGAACCAAGAAGAUAGCCAGCCUAGCUAGGAGGAGGUGGCCAUGGACAAAUGUGAAUAACCACGAGGUCUUGUGUUUUUGUAUUUUUCUUAUCAAGCAUUCUGUGUCCUCUAUUGCUAUCCUGGUAUUUUCUA